CUCUCGCCACACCGUCUCGGUCUCCCACGGGUUAUUCGUCGUUUUUACACAGGCUUUAGUGCACCGUGAAUCUCCGCCAUGAAACAGCUCGUGCCGUCCGCCGCCGUCGCCGGUCUGCUGGCCGUCCAAACGUUGCUGAUGUUCGGCGUCCUGGACUUGAACCGGGCCGAAGUCCGAGCCCAGGAGAGCCCGUUCGAGUUGCCCGUCCAGCUCAUCGGUUUCCCYGUCAUCAUCAUCGCCGUCAAGAUGUCCAAUUUCGUCAAGAAACUCGCGUACGCCCUGAACCCGAGCACCUACAGGAGAAAGGCUAAGAGGGACUUGCAAGGUGUGAUGUCGCCCACCACAACCUUGUCGUCUUUGGACGUGCUCAAGGCCCAGGAGAUGAUACUGAAGGAAAUGGGUCCGGACGUGUGUGUYUACGAGAAGGUGUGCUCCGCGUACGCCGAAGCGGCAGCGCUCGCCAAAAAGGAUCGCAACAGUGGCAAGUCCAGGGUGGACCGGAUAGACUGGGAAAAGAUCAUCAGGUGAGUGAUGUCGAUUAUUAGAUACGUCAAAAACC